UAUUUUGUUGUUUUUGUUUGUUAAUUUUUAAUUUUUUUAUUUAUUUAUCUACAAGUGGUCUGAAAUAUUGCUAUGUCAUACCUGACUGGUUUCCUCCCACCCUUGGAAAUCUUUUUAGCGAGGAGGAACGCGACGACCGAGACGGAGGCGGCGCCGACGGCGUUCUGCCGUGUCAGGUACUUGCUCAAAUUGGCCAUCUGACAGACCGCAGAACGACUUUGUAUGCACCUGUUACGCGUCCGUGCCCCUCGUCAGCAGAAGUGACACAACCACUAAGCUACGAAGACGUUAGACACUCCAAACGCCAAAGACCAAUCUUCGAUCCUAGACCUUCACUGAAGUCGGAAAAAGUGGGAGAAAAGCGGGCUGGAAGGGCGGCCAAGGUUGUACUGCAAAGCGCAACGCGUCCCGAUCGCGCCUCGGACCCGUACGAUUUUAAAACGACAUAUCAGAAGUAAAAUUGUGUACAACAGCGGAGACAGUAUUGUCCCUUGUGGCACACCUGCAAGCACGUCUUCCAUAAGUCUCUGUACCCUGGCUAACUGUGAAAAAUCACUCCUUAAGAAACACUCCAGACGGGUACAGUUUCUGCUCGAAGUAAUUAAAUCUCUGUGAAGUAGAUGAGUAGUGUAAUGAUGGGUCCGAAAGCUAAAUUGACAAUCUGAAAUUCAACAUUGAGAAAGCGAAAAAUGUGCAGCAAGAGUGAAAUUCAGCUCACCCUCGACGGUUCGCCCGAAUUCAAAAAGUUCGAGGACGACGACGACCGCCCUGAAAUCCUCACCCCUCCACCAAGUUGCGAGGAACAAUGUAUGACGGCUAAAGAGCCACCUCCAGACCUGCCAAAGAUGUUCCUGGACCUCCUUGAACCCGUACAAGGGCUGAGACCGCGCAAGCUCGAGUUCACAUGCCCAGUCUGCUCACUCCGCCUUGCCUCGCAUAACUCCCUAGUAACACACAACAAGACGCAUGGCCGUCCAGCCUGCCUCCACUGCCUCAAGCGGUUCCCGUCGCACUCGCUGAUGGCCCGCCACUCUCAGAACUGCCGCCAGGUCCAGACGGUGAUGGUCACCUCGAAAUACGGACGUUCACGCAACGUACGCUGCUACCUUGGCCUCUCUUGAACAAUUCGAGGGCACAUGAAACAAAAAAAAAUGCAAAUUAAAAAAAAAAGAAGAAGAAAAUACACCUUUGUAUAUAUAUAAUAAUCAUAAAAAAAACAGAAGUUUUUAUUAGCAUUUUUUUAAAGGAUAGUCUUGUUCGUUUGUGUACUAUAAUAGUUUUUUUAGAUUUUUUUUUCUAACGAUUUAUUUUGAUCCAUCGGAAAAGCAAUUUCCGAUCAUUGUGCCUUAAUUUUACGUUAAAAAAAAAGUAAUAAUUAAAAUCAGGGUUUCAAAUCAAAUAGUUGAUAAAUUUAGUAAGGUAAAUUUAAACAUUAUAUAUUAUUAUUAGUAUUUUUUAGUCUGAUAUGCAUAUAUGUAUGUGUAAGGGACCAAAAAAAAAAAAA